ACCAUGGGAAAACAUAUCAACAUGGAAAAUGAUGCUCAGGACAAUUCCUUUGCAACAAUAUCCUCCACUUCCACAACCAUUCCCACCAACUUUACUGACACCAAAACUUCUACAACAUCCUCCUCCUCCUCCUCCUCCUCAACAACAACAUCAUCUUCUACUUCAAAUUCUAAUUCAUCAACCAAGCAAGACUCAAAAACUCCUUCAAAUGAUUCAAAUUCAAGCACAAAGAAGAGGCAGAGAAGUGAAAGUGAAAGUAGCAAGCACCCAACAUAUAGAGGAGUAAGAAUGAGAAGUUGGGGCAAAUGGGUGUCUGAGAUUAGAGAGCCAAGAAAGAAAUCAAGAAUAUGGCUUGGAACAUACUCUACUUCAGAAAUGGCAGCAAGAGCACAUGAUGUAGCUGCCUUAGCUAUCAAAGGCAAUUCAGCAUACCUCAAUUUCCCCGAAUUGGCUAAAGAUCUUCCAAGGCCAAAUAGCACAUCUCCUAAGGAUAUUCAAAUUGCAGCUGCAAAAGCAGCAAACACUGCUUUUGAAGAUGUUAAGCAAUGUCAAGCUGAAGCAGAACCAAGCCAAACAGAACAAGCUUCUUCUUAUUCAACUCUAUCCAUUGACAAUACUCAAGAGUCUUCAAAUUCUCCUUCUACCAAAGAUGAUGACACAUUGUUUGACUUACCAGAUCUUUUCCCUGAUGAAAACCAUGGACUUCGCUCCUACAACUCUUCUUCUUGGCAUUUAUGUGCUGUUAAUAGUGGAUUCCGCCUUGAGGAGCCAUCUUUUUGGGAGAACUACUAG